AUGCUAUCUCUUUUUGAUCUGCCAAACGAGAUAGUACUGACUAUCUUGGACUACAUCCCCUUGCAAACCCUGGGCAGGCUGACACUUACCUGUCGGACCCUCCAUGAUCGUCUUAACUCGCUCCUGUACUGGAAAGGCCAAGAGGGCGACACGACAGCCCUGGACUGGGCCGCGACAACAGGGAAUCAGAAGACAGUGCAGCGCAUCUUCCAAUACACCUCUCCAUCGCCAAACUUCAUCGAGCGCGCGAUCAAUAGCGCCAUUCCAAAGAACCACGUCACUACAGUUCGGCUGCUCCUUGACCAAGGCCUACCGCCAUGGGACCCUGCCUCGUCAACUGAGGGCGCAUUCAGCUCGCCGUUAUUUAGGGCAGGAAUGUGCCGGAACCUUGAAAUUGUCAAGAUGCUACUUGACGCGGGUGCAAAGCCAAUCGGCUACUCGGAUGAGGAAGUUGGAUUCCUAGUCCAUGGCUGUACGAGUUGGGAAAACGGGCCCGACAGUGAAGAAACCUCGCAGCAGCAUGACGAGCCAUUUGACCCCAGUAUCCUUCAGCUUCUGGUACAGAGAGGACUGCGAGUCAACAGUCCGGAGAUUGUUCACCAUGCACUGGCAUUGGGAUGCAGAGUUCGAGUAAUGAGCUUCCUUAUUGACCUCGGGCUCGACCCGAAUGUUCAAAGUUUCAACUGGCACACGCCACUAUAUCAAGUACUUGGUAGGCGCGAGAAGGAUUGGAAGGAGUGUGUUGCUUUUAUUCAAAAGUGCGUUGAACACGGCAUGGAUGUCAAUCUGCGCGACGCACAGGGCAUGACCAUUCUUGACAAGGUCGGAGAAAACGCGCACCCUGCAGUGGUACAAGAGCUUAUUACUGCCGGAGGAAAGGUUCCUGCAGUUGAUAUGUACAGUAUACGAAUGCAAUACGCGGCUAUGCGCAAAGACGCGAGUCUCAAUUCAGCACCGCCCUUUCGGUGCCCACGCGGAUAUACCUGGAAUCGCCGCGGAUAG